CGGAGCUGGAGACAUACGAUGACCUCUUCUACUACAUCUUCGACGACUGCGCCCUCUUCAGGAAGGUGAUGCGGGGCCCCGAGGUCCAGUCGAACGAGCCGUGCGUGUCGGCGGAGGUCAUAGACAAGAUGAGGUGCUCCGGCCUCAACAGCCUGCAGGACCAGGUCUUCUGGAACAUGACCUACUUCGAACAUCCGGGCGACAUCUACGACUUCUACCUCGCGCCGCUGAUCGAGGCGCGCAGAAUCAGAGACGAGAAGAGAAGACUGACGGACGCCACUGUAGCUAAAGCCGGCUCACAAGCUCUCGGCACGGUGGCAGACACGGUCAACGAUAAAGCACCGGCCGGCGACACCAAAGAGCGCGGCUUCCAGUCAAAACGUCUGGGACUGAAGGUCCAGAAAAUGAACGUGAAGGGCAGCAAAGAUUCCAAUAACAAUGAUACGGAAAGUGCCGAGCCGAAAAGUCAGGAGAUGAGUUUGCCAGUUGGAUCGUUCAAUAUGCCGCUUGACGUGCUAUCGAGUCAGGGAGACUGUGAUGACGUCAGCACCAUGUUCCUUGGCGAUAGCGACAACGCGUACGGGUAUUCCAAGGAGAAGUCGAGCGUUGGUAAAGGCGUCAUCAGUCUGGGCUACUCGUGUGGCGGUCAGAAGUUGAACGUGAAGAACUCGGAGAAACCCAUAGAGAUGUGGCUGGAGCGGAACGCCAGUGUUUACAAGUCCAGCAAGUUCAUCAAAGUGACGAAGUGGAACACGGCCGAACCGGCGACCUACAACUACCACCCGGUCAACCUGACGGACGGUAACUCUUCACUCCAGGUGGUGCUGCGACCGGGAGCCCAAAACGAGGCUUACGACGUGUACAUCAAGUUUGACAGUCGGCCCAACGACACGGUGUUCGAUUUCCACGAUUUCGUGCCCAAGACCAGUGUGUCGAAUCUCGGCAACAUCUCUGACCCCUUGGUGGAGGAGGAGCUGCUGUAUACCGUCACGGUGCCCGUCGAACUCACCGAGCCGAACGGAACGUACUGGGUCGCCGUCAAACUCAAACAGGGGACGGCCACGACGUCUGGGGAAUCCACUAACAACACCUACUACCUGACAAACCUCGUCUCGGGCUGCAGGUUCUGGGAUGACGAAAACGAAAGAUGGUCGUCCGAGGGAUGUACGGUCGGGCCUAAAACGACCAAAUACCGAACCCAAUGUCUCUGUACCCACUUGACGUCGUUUGGGUCCGACUUCGUGGUUCCCGUCAACACCAUCGACUUCAGCAACGUGUGGGCGAAGUUCGGCAACCUCAGCGAAAACGCCGCCGUCUUCUCCACCGUGAUCGUAAUGCUGGGCAUCUAUAUCAUCGGCAUCAUCUGGGCCAGACACAUGGACAAGAAGGACAUCCUCAAGUGGGGAGCAUCUCCCCUGGAGGACAACCUCCCCACGGACAGCUACCACUACCAGCUGUCAGUACAGACCGGUAUUCGUAAAAAUGCUGGGACGGACUCCAAGGUCAGCUUUAUUCUGUCUGGCGACGACAGCGAUACCGGCGUACGAAGGCUGGACGACGGCAAGAGAACGCACUUUGCUCGAGGUAGUAUCUACAACUUCGUGUUGAGCGUGGAACAAUCUCUUGGUGACCUGACGUUCCUACGGAUCUGGCACGACAACAGUGGGAAAGGGAAGGCGAAAGGGUGGUACCUUGACCAAGUGCAGGUGACCAACCUGCAAACUGGGGAAAAGUCCUUUUUCCUGUGCGACCGCUGGCUGGCAGUGGAGGAAGAUGACGGGAUGGUGGACAGGAUUUGCCCUGUGGCGGGAAUUGAAGACCUCGUCGCGUUCAAACAGCUCUUCUCGUCGUCUGCUCGUAAGAAACUGAGCAACGAACAUCUGUGGAUCUCCGUCUUCUCCCGCCCCACGCGCAGCAACUUCACGCGCGUGCAGCGCGUCUCGUGCUGCAUGGCGCUACUCUUCCUCACCAUGAUCACCAACUGCAUGUUCUUCAAGGGCGAAGAGAAGACUCAAGGCAAGGUCACGGCCAUCAGCCUCGGUCCCGUAUCCAUCACCCUGCAGUCUCUGUACGUCAGCGUCAUCGGAACGUUCAUCGUGUUUCCACCCAGUUUCCUCAUCGUCACUUUCUUCCGCCGGUGCAGACCCAAGAAGAACGCCAUCAUGCAGGCCAACCAGCAGAUACCGAAGCGGACCCAGAAACACAAGUGGAAGAACAUCAGCUCUGCCUCGUCCGGCAUGUGGAGCAGCUACAAGCUACAAAAGUCGAAGAUGCAGCGGUUCCGCGAGGCACUUGGCCGGAUUCUCUCGUUCCACAGGAAGGAUAAAUACAACGAUGACAUGGUCGAGAUAGAGCAGACGAAGAAAUCCGACAAAGGCAAGAAGAGGAAGAAGAAAGGCUGGACGCUUCCUCACUGGUGCAUUUACAUUGGAUGGGCCAUAUGUAUCCUGAGCAUCAUCACCCCUGCGUUCUUCACGAUUCUCUACAGCAUGGAAUGGGGAAGCAAGAAAUCCAACGAGUGGCUUGUUGCCUUCGUCCUGUCCUUCUUCCAAAGCGUUAUAGUGGUACAACCUAUAAAGGUGUUGGCGAUCGUGGCGUUCAUCUCGUGCAUCAUGAAGAAGCCGGAGCUGGACGAGGAGGAGCUGGAGGAGGACAUCGACAACGUGUUGAAACCGGACGAGGACCUCGUCAAGAAGAAGGACCCCGUCGACCUGUCAGCCAUCAUGCUGCAACGGAAAAUGGCUAACAGCAACUAUCAGCCUCCUAACACUGCGGAGCUCGAGCUGGCCCGGAAGUUGCGUUUGAAUGAGAUACAAAUGGAAGCGGUACUCAAAGAAAUCAUAACCUUUAUUUUCUUUGUUAUGGUCAUUUUCUUCCUAUCUUACCAGCAACGAGAUCCAGUUAGCUUCAGAUAUGCUGAGAACCUGAAGUCUAUUUUCCUCCCCGGAUUUAAAUCGAUUAAUACUGUUGAGAAUUACUGGAAGUGGCUGGAAAACAAAUACCUGCCCGCUCUGUAUGCCACCCAGUAUUCUAACGGGACGGAGAUUCAGUUUUGGAUGGACAGAAACUGUAUUGCAGAUUUACAUAGCAGACGAGUUGCUGUAGCUCGACUAAGACAACUGAGGAUCAAAGAUGAUUCAUGCACCGUGCUGACGGAGAUGAAUAGCCUCAUCACGCACUGUCUUGACGAAUACAGCUGGACGGACGACGACACUAAACCCUACUACCCCGUCUGGACACCGCCACCAGACAAGGACAACGCCACCUGGCUCAAGAAACAGAAGACUCCGUGGGUGUACCAGAGCGCUUUUAGACUCGCCAACGCCCCGUACGUGGCGACCACAGCCACCUACAAAGGCGGCGGCUACGUGCAGCUGCUCAGCAGACAGAUCUACCGGACGAAGAAGAUCAUCAAGGAGUUGAAGAGUCAGAACUGGCUGGAUACCAGGACUAGAGGAGUGUUCCUGGAGUUCACGAUCUACAACCCGAACGUCAAUCUGUUCGCCGCGUGUAUUCUGGUCGUCGAGUUCAUGCAUUCUGGAGGAGCAGUCACUAGGUCAGAUUUCAAGAUUUUCCGUCUGAUGAACUACAUCGGCGGGUUUGGUCUGAUCGUUCUGCUGAUGGAGAUCGUGUACUCCUGCUUCACGCUGUACUUCUUCAUCCGCUGCAUCGUCCAGGUGAAGAAACACAAGCUGAAGUACUUCAAGGACUUCUGGUACAUCAUCGAGUUCGUCCUGCUGUGUUUCGCCGUGGCGUGUAUCGUCAUGUACAUCUUCAAACACAUCCUCACUCAGCUGGCCAUACACGCCCUCCACGACAGGGAAUCAGAUGGGUUCGUCAACUUCCAGAUGGUGGCCCUGUACGACCAGCUGUACGGCUACGUGAUGAGUGCGGUGGUGUUCCUGGCCACCAUCCAGUUCCUGAAGCUGCUGCAGUUCAACCAGAAGAUGAGCAUGCUGGGCGACACGCUGCGGAUCGCCACCAAGGACCUAAAGGUCUUCUCCGUCGCCUUCCUCAUCUACUUCUUCUCCUUCUCGGCCUUGGCCUACCUCCUCUUCGGGCAGAUGAUGGUCUCGUACAACAACUUGGUCGGCGCCUCCGAGUCCAUGUUCGCCUUCGCGCUGGGAAGCUUUGACUUCGAGGGGAUGACGGCGGCCCAGCCCGUCCUCGGACCUAUCUUCUUCUUCUUGUUCAUCGCAGUCAUCUACAUAGGAAUGAUGAGCAUCUUCCUGACUAUCAUCGGAGACGCGUUCAACCAGGUGAAGGAGGACGUCACUUUGAGGAAGAACGACUACGAGAUUGUAGACUUCAUGUGCAGGAGAGUCAAAGGCUUGCUGGGUAUACGGCAGUAGAACUGACAAGACACAAGGAAGAAGAAGAUUGGGUAGGGGGUUGUGUGUGUAAACAUUGCGAGAUUAGGUGGAUACAUUUACAUGAAAUAUGGUUGAUCACGUCGAUCUGUAUUCCACUACCCACUAUUAUCUAAGAACAUUCUGGAAUAGCUGUGUCACAUCAUGGAACAGCACAUUUUAUGCUUAAAACAGUAGAAUUAAAACUUCAGUUGUGUUAUGUAUUUCCUGUGGUACUUAAUUUUUGAUAGACAUUUUAAAACAGAAGAAUUAAAACGUUCAGUCUUAUUAUCCAUUUUUUUACCUAUUUGAAUAAAGAAUGAACAAAUCAAAUACAUACAGUUUAAACGUUCAGUGUUAUUUUCCAUUUUUCUAUUUCUUUAUUCUUAUUUACGGAUAAUGAUACCUCACAAUA